AUGGAGGUUCACUUUGUGUUCGAGAACACGGCCGGCGAUGUUGCCGUUGUUGGCUUCUUCUUCCAGCUCUCUCAGUUCGGCUACUCGUUCCCUCUGUUCGACUCUGUUUUCGCUCACAUCGAUGAUAUUGCCGCCCCUGGUACCUACACCCGCACCGACAAGCUGAACUUCGCUGGUCUGAUCGACCACUUCGACAACCACGGUGUCUACUACUACUCUGGCUCCCUCACCACUCCUCCUUGCACUGAGGGUGUUGCCUGGUACAUCUCCACUGAGCCGCUUCCUCUCAACGUGCAGAGCUACAACGCUGUCAAGAAGGUGCUCAAGUUCAACGCUCGCUAUACUCAGAACGCCCUUGGCCAGUCUAACCUGCUCGAGGUUGCUGCUCACUCUCUGAACAACUAA